AUGAAGAUCACUUCGGCUAUUGCAUUUUUCUCUCUUUUGGCCUCUGGCCAAGCCACCGGAGCGUACUGGGGUUCCGAGAAAUGCUACUCCAGCCCGGGUAGAUCCCCAAACAAGUGUAAUGACUACCAGCAAAAGGGCUUCAGCUGGACUGACCUCGCUCCUGGUUCAUUCUCUGACUAUGGUGGCUUCUCCUUCUCUGGUUUCACUUGCGGCAACGGCUUUGGCUCCAGCCUUGGCAAGCGUGGUACCCAGAAAUGUAUCUCCGGUACCGUCUCCAAAGGUAGCUCCUCUAGCUCCACUCAGAGCUCUGGUUCUUCAGCUCCAUCUUUCGCCUGCGGCUCGCAUGAGAGCGGCUUCUCUGUGACCAACUUCCACGUUGCCACUGACAAGGAUACCGAAUUGCACAUCAUCUACACCAUGCCCGAUGGAUCAAUUUGCAAGAACACCGCUUCUUGCAACUCCGAUGGUACUGUGGUCACCAAUGACCAGUGUGGUGGUGCUAAGUCUGUUCACUUCGAGCUGCCUGACGAUAGUGAACAUGAGAGCUGCGGUUUCGGCAUCUACAGCGUUGGCUUUGACUGCACUCCUGGUUCCACAGCCACCUCGUCUGUCCCUCUCAUCACUGCUCCUGUUACCAGAGUUCCAUAUGAAUCGGUGUCUGUUGGCUACACAUCUACCCCUUAUGUCCGGAGCUCUUCUAUCUCUUCUGACUCCAGUUCUAUCGAUGUGCCUUCGCUCUCUGCCUCAGGAUCAUCAGUGUCUGCAGGCUCCAGCACCAUCGUUACUCCUUCGCCUUCUGACUCGGGCUCUUCUGUGUUUUCUAGCUCCAGCACUAUCAUUUUGCCCUCGCUCACAUUACCGGGCUCUUCUAUCGCUCCAGUCACCACCCCGGUGGCAAGCACACCUCUUCGGAUGACUACAUCAACUGUGUACACGACCAGUUUGAUCACUAUCACUAGCUGUGCUCCAACUGUCACCAAUUGUCCUGCUGGAUCAGGCUCAACCACUAUAGUGACUUCCACCAUCGCUAUUUCCACCACGGUCUGCCCCGUCACUGAGACUACUCCUGCGGCUACAGACUCGCCAUCUGUGCCUGCCAUACCUAGCCCUAGCAGUGUUCUCCCUGCGAGCUCGUCCGCUGGUGUUCCUACUCCCAGUGUCACAUCAACAUCUUUAAUUCCAGGGCCUUCUGAUUCCUUCACUACGAGCGGAACUCCCGCUGGAACUUCCGCCCCUUCGACCCCGGCGAUCACCACUCCUGUCCAGAUGACUACUUCAACCGUGUAUGCUACAAGUGAGAUUACUAUCACCAGCUGUGCCCCAGAUGUCGUGAGCUGCCCAGCAGACUCGACCAUAAUCAAGACUUCGACUGUCGCUAUCUCGACUACUGUGUGCCCCGUCACUGAGACUACACCUGCUGUCAGCUCCCCGUCUUUGCCUGCUAUACCCAGCCCGAGCGGUGUUCUCCCUGUUAGCUCAUCGGCUGGUGUUCCUCCUUCCAGUGGCACAUCCGUUCCUACAUCUUCGAUUCCGGCUUCUUCUGUCCCCCUUACUUCAAGUGAGACGCCCGUUGAAACUCCUGCACCUUCAACCCCGGCAAUCACUACUCCGGUCCGGAUGACCACCUCAACGGUGUAUGCCACCAGCGAGAUUACUAUCACCAGCUGUGCUCCCGAUGUGGUGAGCUGCCCAGCCGACUCGACAAUAAUCAAGACUUCGACUGUCGCUAUCUCGACUACUGUGUGUCCCGUCACCGAGACUACAGUUGCUGUCAGCUCCCCAUCUCUGCCUGCAGGCCCAAGCCCAAGCAGUGUCUUGCCUGCUAGCACCCCUGCCGGAUCAACUGCCCCCGGUGGCACUCCAGUUGCUUCUACAACGGCCGGGUCCUCAUCGGCUGGAUCGCCUGCCCCCAGUGGCACUCCCGUGGCUUCUACGUCGGCCGAGACUUCCCCGGCUCCUAGCUUUACUUCCGCCAUCUCAUCCCCUGCACCUUCGACUCCUGCUGGCACUCCCCCCGCCCCUGGUGAGGCCACCACCACUGUCGUUACUUGGGAGACUGUGACCACUUGCCCGGUUACUGCCACUGUUACCGCCGGCUCUUCUACUUUCGUGACUACCACAAGCACGAUUUCAACUGUUACUAUGACUACUGUCUCUACUAUCUGCUCUCAGUGCUCCGCUACUGCCACUUCCGUUGCUGGUCAGAGCUCUGUUGCCCCAUCGGAAACCCCCGAGGCUUCAAGCACUGUCGUUUCCGUCACUGGGCCAUCUGGUACACCCGACGUUUCGAGCACUGUUGUUCCUAGCACUACGCCGUCUGGUACCCCGGUCGCCUCGACCCCGGUCCCAUAUGAGACUUCUGAGGGAGCAAGCCCGGUCUCUUCGCCAUCUGCAGAGGCCUCUAGUCCCAUCCCCAGCGGCCCCGAAGUCAUUAGCACGAUCUCCUCCAGCGUGGGCGCCGAGACCACUCCUUCAGUUCCUCAAGGAUGGACUGCCACAGUUAUAACUUAUGUAACUGAGACCACCUGUCCUGUGACUGCCACUAUCACUUCUGGAUCGUCGACUUUUGUCACGACCUCCAGCACAAUUUCAACAGUCACCUUGACCUCCACCCCCUACCUUCCCAGCUCUGUUGCUGCUGGAAGCACCCCGGCUCCCUCUGAAACAGGCGUCCCCGUCACCACUGCUCCUACAGGCCCCGCUGUCACCAGUGUCGUCAUAUCGAGCAUUGGUGCCGGCUCUACACCCACUAUUCCCGAGGGUGCCACGACCACCGUUGUGACUUACGUGACAGAAACUACCUGCCCUGUGACGACCACCGUCACCGAGGGUUCUUCCACCUUCGUGACUACAUCCAACACAGUGUCCACAGUGACUCUCACCACCGUCUCGACCAUCUGUACCAAGUGCAGUGCUACCGCCACUGUUGUCACUGAGACUCAUCCUCAUUCUACAGCCACCGAUACCCCAGCAGUCCCCAGCGGUGUUUCCCCGGUAUCGAGCUCGGCUCCCCCGGCUCCCUCGGCUUCCUGCCCCAAAACCGUGCCUCAGUGCAUCAACACCUGGCUUACCCUCGUCCCUAAGUGCACAUCCAACAGUGAUGCCUCAUGCUUCUGCCCCAACAGCGAGUUCACCGGCAAGGUCAUCUCCUGCAUCCAAGCCUGGGGCGCCUCCAAGGAAGAGAUCCAAUCUGCUCUCUCAUACUUCACCGGUAUCUGCGCCACCUGGGUCCCCCAGAACCCAGGCAUUGUAACUGCCAUCCCCUCAACCAUCACCUUGGUUCCGACAGUCCCUCCAUCUACUCCCACAGCUAGCGUCCCUGGCGCCACUGUAACCGCCGUUGCCCCCAUAACUUCCGCCCCCGCCCUCCCCUUCACGGUAAUCACCUACUCAACCUACACCGUCACUGUGCCACAGGUCAGCUUUGUCACAAACACUGCCUCUAGUGCCGGCUCUGUGCCAACUGUCGGUCUGGUCCCGGCUGGUCCCAGCGGUGCUUCCCCAGCACAGACCGGCUUUGUUCCCGCCCGUGCAUCGGCGACUUGGUUGAAGUCAAGCGGGUACCCCUACCCCAGCAGAAGCGCCUCGCCCAGCGCAUCCCCAGUCUUCAACUCAGCCUCGAGCAUCUCGAUCGCAUCCAGUCUGGUCCUGGCUUCUCUCGCUGUUUUCUUCAGCUUGAUGAUGUAG